AUCUUGUGUUUUGCAGUGAGGGGCUACUGGGCUCUGUUUAUACUCCACUCCCACUGCAUUAAAAAGGACGACUCAUGCGCUGGAAGAACACUUGGAUUUGUCCUCUAGAAGUGACAGAAGAAUGAAAAAGCGCGAAAGCAUGAAUCCCGGUUUUGUUAUGGACAUUGUCGAGCUAGAGUCGUUUGUCAACAGCCCUCCUCGCGGAUUCUUUGUGGAGAGUCGCGCGGACUGCAGAGUCGUGAAGUGGGAUCCGGAGAACAGCUGCGUGUUCAUCGAUGAAGUCCAGACUAGCGAGGGGAAGGUGAUUUUCUGUAAUUCUCCAGGAAGGAAAGUCAUUGUACGCACUUUGGGAGAGUACACAGAUUUGAGACGACAGCUAACCUCAAAAACAACAUACAUCCUUGUGUCCGCAUGCACGAAAACAAAGGUCAAAGAAAAGAGAAAAGAUUAUGUUACAGCUCUUGGAUAUUAUGUGGUGGCGAUCAACGGCCGUCAUCCAAUGAUCAAAUGGGAGAUGGAGAGAGGCUUAGACAUGACCAUUUCAUCUGUUGCUGGAGAGAGCUAUUCAGUUGAUGUUGAUGUUAGUGCUGCACUACAGGGAUGGGUCGGUGAGAGCUUUCAAAUCCUUGAUGAUGGAGAAAAGGUGAAACCCAUAUGGAGAGACACACAUUUCAUCAUCGAGUACUGUUCCGACGCCCUUUUUGACUUUCCCUACUGGUUCGGCUUCAGCAAACGACAGUUCACGGUCUCUUACCAUGGAAGAGGAGAUCAACACCCCAAAUGUUGUGUGAAACAGCAAAUAUCUACUGAAAACAGGCAUCAGUCUAUGGAAAUAUAAGCCCCAGAUGAGGAGACCGUUAAAACACCUUAAAGGACUGUUUUAUUUUCAAUAAAUCUUUAUUAUGUAAGCAGUAAUACAAAACAUUUUUUUUAAAGAAAUGGAGGUUAUUGGAAUUUAAUCAUAAUUAUAAUUCUGUUGAAGCAGAAAGAUUUUCAUCCUCACAUUGUAAACUAGCAAACUGAAGAUAGUUACAAUACUUUUUUAAAUGGGUCACUUUAAGCAAAAGUGCCCGAAUGUGUUCCAUUCAUUGCUUUAAAUGAGUCAUAUCAUGAGGAAACAUUUUUUUCCUUGAAUCCUUCCGGAUAGCUAAAAUCAAGCCAAACAAAUAAAGGAUUUCGCAACUUCUGCUAUCACACAGAGUAAAACAUUUCAUUAUACUCUAAUUUUAUAUAUUUACUGUGGUGUGUAGCACCAACACUCUGCAUAUACCUCCAGAGAAUCGAUAGAAACGUGCAGUUAUACUAUACCUAAUCAUUUCAGCACUGAUUAGUUUGUAAUCCUGUCAUGUAAUGCAGAUUUUGCUAAACUAUAUUUCACACAACAGGAAACCUGCAAUCCGGUGUGUGAGCAUUACUUGUCACUUUUAAAGGCACAGUAACAAAAAACCUGACCGUUCAAAUCUAACAUUCAGAGAGAGAUGGGAAAUGAGGUAUGAAAACUAAACUUUUUUUUGGACAAAUCUUUACUAUUUGACCUUGAUGAAAAAAACUGAUGCAUGAUAUGACCCCCUUAAAACAUUUCUUAAAAUACCUUAUACUGGAAUAUUAAUAGUAAUAACAACCUUUUUUAUUUCUUUAGUUAUUUUUUGAAGGUUUGUAAUGUGUACAUAUCAUUUUGCAAUGAAAUGCCUUUGUGACCAUCA